AUGCCUAUAAAACCGCGAUGGCGGAAAUUUAAUCGAUUACCGUCUCACAGACAAAGUCUUCUUAGAAAUAUUGUAUCUUCUUUAAUUAUAUACGAAUCAAUUCAAACAACCUUUUCAAAGGCCAAAGAGUCCCAAAAAAUAGCGGAUAAGUUAAUUACUUACGCUAAAAAAGGUCUUUAUAAUCAAUCUGCAUAUAAACAUGUUCAAUCAAUCAAACCAAAGAUAACAAUUCCGAAAUUAUAUGGAAUUCUUAAAAAGCGAUUUUCUGAACGUCAUGGUGGUUAUACUCGUGUUUUAAAAUUACCUUCACGAAAAAGUGAUUCAGCACCUAUGGCAGUUUUAGAAUAUGUCGAUGGGCCCAAAGACAUUCGAUUUCUUAUGAGUGCAAAAACUAUUGCUUAUAGUAAAGAUUCAAAUUUAGAAAAAUCAAAAAUUACUAUAAAAAAUAUUCAAAAAACAACACGUUUUCAAAAAGAAAAAUUAGCUAUUUUAAAAAAUACUAGUAUUGAAUUUCGAAACUUUUUAGUAAAAAAACACUAA